AUCAAUAUGGUUGCGUGGACAGACGCGGAACGCAAGGCCAUCCAGGACAUCUGGGGAAAACUGAAGCCAGCGGCCGGGCAGAAAGCUUUAAUAAGAUGCCUUAUUGUGUAUCCUUGGACUCAGAGGUAUUUCAGUAGCUUCGGAAGCCUUAGUGACGCUGCGGCCAUUAAGAGCAAUAAGAAGGUGGCAGCUCACGGUGAGGUCGUGCUGAAAGGUCUUGGUCUGGCCGUGAAAAACAUGGAUAAUAUCAAGGCCACCUACGCGCCGCUGAGUGUGUUGCACUCUGAGAAACUUCACGUGGAUCCAGACAACUUCCGGCUCCUCGGUGAUUGUUUUACCAUCGUCGUGGCUGCCCAUCUUGGUCGCGCUUUCACUGCGGACAUCCAAGCCGCGUGGCAGAAGUUUGUCGCGGUCGUCAUCGCCGCGCUGGCAAAGCAGUACCACUAA